ACGGAGAUGCUGCUGAGCCUUUGCCAAAUCAGGUCUGACUGCUACACCCACGUAACGACACAGCACGCAGUGAACUGGACAAACAGCUGAGAGAUGCAGGAGGAAUUCAUUCAAAGUUUUCCCUUGCGAGACAGUGAGCAGGACCUGGCUGAGAGUCGACUUUCCUACAGAAACAGAGAGCAGAAAGGCUUUACUUCAAAGCCUUUGCAGAACCCAUUGUGAAAGCUUGCCAGGACGUUGCUGUUUUUACUGUAUAGGGUGUUUAUAACAACAGAUCAAGAGACUCCUGAGGCGAAUACCUCCCAGGGAAUGUUUCCGUUGCUCCCGGGGGGACGAGCCGAGCAGUCGCACACUCUGAAUGAAUCAAGAGGGGAGCACUAUGUUAACCACAACGCACCGCUUAAACUAAAAAAAACCAGUGCUGCUGCUUUCAGGGGACAUAAACGGCAGCGAACCAGAGAGAUAACCUGGUCUCCCAUUAGCAGGUCCCUGGAUGCCCCGCGGCGCACCGUCCUCGGCCGCGCAGUGCUUCCCAAUGGCCGGGAGUUGACCCCGUCCGUCAGGAUGACGCUGCGUGAGCAGCUGAGAGAGAAGAUCGCGGCGGCCUUCUACCGCCAUGGGCUGCUGUGUGCCUCCUACCCAGUACCCAUCAUCCUCUUCACCUCCGCCAGCAUCCUCACCUGCUGCUAUCCGUUAUUGAGGCUUCCCCUGCCUGGGACAGGUCCUGUAGAGUUCACCACAGGGGUGCGAGACUAUAGCGUCCCUUCCCAUGAGCCUCAGGGAGACCUCGGAGUACGGCCCGACUGGUACCAGGGUCCUCCGGUUGCCUACAUCCAGCAGGUGUUGGUGAAGGCGGCGGUGUCUCCUUGGGACAGCAGCCUUGUGCCAGUGGACGUGUUUCGGUCGCCGCUGGGUCGAGCCUUUAGCCUGCUGGAGGAGAUCCGCAACCAUGUCCACUCCGACAACUCCGGGAUUCGCAGUCUGGAGACACUGUGUCUCCAGGUGACAGGCCUGUUUCCAGGGUUACGGCGGAUGCAGUCGGUGCUGCCAGAGCACGGCUGCCUGCUCGUUUCUCCCGGCAACUACUGGCAGAACCAGCGGGAGCUGUUCGACUCGGACCCCGACCUCCUCAAGACCAUCCAGAAACAUGAACCGAAAGGCCUGCACACCUCAGCCACGCUGCGAGAUCUGCUGUUUGGCGUCCCUGGGAAAUACACUGGGGUCAGUCACUACAACAAGAAGAGGGUGGUGACAUACACAAUCACUGUAGUGCUGUCCAGCUACGAUGCAAGGUUCCUGGGCAGCCUGCGGGCCCGUCUGAAGCAGCUCCACCCGUCAGCCAACUGCAGCCUGAGAGACGACCACAUGGUUCACGUCCACUUCAAAGAGGAGAUUGGCAUCGCUGAGCUCAUCCCCCUCGUCACCACAUACAUCAUCCUUUUUGCCUACAUCUACUUCUCCACACGUAAAAUUGACAUGGUGAAGUCUAAGUGGGGUCUGGCUCUGGCUGCUGUGGUCACAGUCCUCAGCUCUCUGCUCAUGUCUGUGGGACUGUGUACACUGUUUGGACUGACACCCACGCUCAAUGGAGGGGAGAUUUUUCCUUACCUGGUGGUGGUGAUCGGCCUGGAGAACGUCUUGGUCCUCACCAAGUCCGUGGUGUCCACCCCCGUCGACCUCGAGGUCAAACUCCGCAUUGCUCAGGGCCUUAGUAAUGAGAGCUGGUCUAUCAUGAAGAACAUGGCCACUGAACUGUGCAUCAUCCUCAUUGGAUAUUUCACUCUGGUGCCAGCUAUCCAGGAGUUCUGUCUGUUUGCUGUUGUGGGGCUGGUGUCUGACUUCUUCCUGCAGAUGUUCUUCUUCACCACAGUACUAUCUAUUGACAUUCGACGCAUGGAGCUGGCGGACUUGAACCGCCGCCUGCCAGCCGAAGCAGGACUACCGCCACCCAAGCCUGGCCCGCUGCGUCCACGCGAGGUCCCCCCUCCCCCACGACCUUCCCCCCACACAAUCACCCUGCAGACCCCAGCCUUCAGGAACCUGAGGCUUCCAAAGAGGUUGCGUGUGGUGUACUUCCUGGCCCGUACACGACUCGCUCAGCGCAUUAUCAUGGUUGGCACAGUGAUCUGGAUCGGCAUCCUGGUCUACACCGACCCAGCCGGAAUACGCACCUACCUGGCUGCACAGGUGUCUGAGCAAAGCCCUCUGGGAGAUCCCGGAGGAGGUGGUCUGCCCCCUCACCUGGGGGUGGCCCCCGUCUUUCGUGGAGGAGAUCCUACCAGCACACUCAGCAUCCACCCUGCACCAGAUCCAACUCCCUUACCUGAGAACCAAUCACAGGGCCACCAUGGCUCAGCUAGGGCAGGGCCCCUCCCCCAGGGUCCGCCCGCUGUUCCCCAGAUCACCUGGGGGGCGGAGGAUGAGGAGGGCUGGAGGAGGCUCUCCUUCAGGCACUGGCCAUCGCUCUUCAGCUACUACAACAUCACUUUAGCCAAGAGGUACAUCAGCAUCCUGCCUGUCAUUCCUGUCACUGUUCACCUGAGCCCCCAGGAGGCCAUUGAGACACGUCAUCCUCAGGACACGAGACACCCCCCUCCACCCAUCCCCAAAGUUCCAGAUUUACAGACUGACCUCACCCUCUACAAGGUUGCAGCUCUGGGCCUGGCGGCGGGCGUCCUGCUGGUUCUGCUGCUCUUCUGUCUCUACCGGGUUCUCUGUCCACGUAACUACGGCCAGAAUGGCGUCGCUCAUGGGCGCCGGCGCAGAGGGGACCUGCCCUGCGAUGAUUACGGUUACUCGCCACCCAUCAGCGAGAUCUCACCACUGCUGCUGAGGGGCCACAGUAUGGACAUCGAGUGUUUGGCCAGUGAUGGGAUGCUGCUGGCUAGCUGUUGCCUGGCAGGACAGAUUCGGGUUUGGGACGCCCAGACUGGUGACUGUUUGACGGUCAUCCCAAAGCACAGGCUCAGACGGAGCAGCAGCAGUGGCUGCUGGGAGCAGCGGGAUGGCUGGGACAGCGCGAGCGGAGCAGCAGAGUCAGAGUGUUUUGGCUCUGACGCUUGCUCCUCCAUCAGUGGUGACGGCCUUUCAGAAGAAGAGGGCUACCCGCUGAGACGCCGCACUGCUCCCACACGGCCGACUCUAUUCACCGACCAGCCCGAUCUCACCCCUCUCAUUGACACUAACUUCACCUCCCAGCCCCCCUCCCACCUCUCCACCCCACCCAGAGGAGGCUUUGACUUUGGAGGUCUGGUGGAGCGCGCCUACAUGGAGCACGAGCCUCCCUCACCCUCCACCUACCCCUCUCCUUCCUCUGCCUCCUCCUCCCCGCCCUCAGGAGCUCAGCUCCAGAGAAGACCCAGCUUAGGGGAUGCAGCUGCCCUCUUAACCCAAGAGAGAGCCUCCACAGCAGGGACGCAUGCGACUGCAGACUGGGAAAGCUCUGUCUGGGCCAUGGAGCUGAGAGGAAAUCUGAUAGCUGCUGGGAGGAGCAGUGGUAAACUAGAGUUGUGGGAUGCAGUGGAAGGAUCGUUGCGCUGCAGUAAUGAAGACGGAGUCUCUGGGAUCACAGCUCUAGCAUUCCUCAACAACAGAAUCGUGGCGGCUCGGCUGAACGGGUCUCUAGAUUUCUUCACUGUUGAGAUAAACAAACCUCUGUGUCUGCUGCAAUACAGAGGUGCCCCUGGGCGAGGCAGCAUGCCUCCCUCUCCCUGUUACAGCAGCGAGGACGUGAUCAGCUGCCAGCUCACGCGCUCGGUACAGUGCGCUCACCAGAAGCCGAUCACGGUGCUGCGAGCGGCCGCCGGGAGGGUCGUCACUGGUAGCCAGGACCACACUGUCCGGAUUUAUCGUCUAGAGGACUCGUGUUGCCUCUUCACCCUGCAGGGUCACUCUGGAGGGAUCACAGCCAUCUACAUAGACCAGACGAUGGUUCUGGCGAGCGGAGGGCAGGACGGCGCCAUCUGCCUGUGGGACGUCCUGACUGGGAGCCGUGUCAGCCAUGUUUACGGUCACCGUGGCGACGUCACCUCGCUGGUCUGCACCACCUCUUGUGUCAUCAGCUCGGGACUGGAUGACCUCAUCUGCAUCUGGGACCGCAGCACAGGGAUCAAGCUCUACUCCAUACAACAGGAGGUGGGUUGCGGUGCCAGUCUGGGAGUGAUCUCCGAGUCCCUCCUGGUGACGGGGGGCCAGGGCUGCGUCUCGUUCUGGGACCUGAACUUCGGCGACCUGCUGCAGACAGUCUACCUUGGCCAGAGCAGCGACGGCCAGGGCGUCCGGCAGCUGCUUGUGCUCGACAACGCCGCCAUAAUCUGCGACUUCGGCAGCGAGCUCAGCCUGGUGUACGUGCCCUCGGUGCUGGAGAAACUAGACUGAGGAGACACGGGUGGACGGUCGCAGCAGUUGAUGUCGGUGGGAGCACUCAGAACAUCCUUUUCCUCUUCUUCAUUUUGACUCGACAGUUUUUUGGCUUUUUGUUGUUGACACCCAAAGGAGACGUGAUCAUUAGACCAGUUUCCAUGUGCAUACAAGGCUCUUAUUUUAUUUUAAUUUUUUUAGAUGUUUUAUUGAGGAAUAUAAAAGCUGAGGACUGAUUGUUCAACCUGCUGCAUUUUAUCGGAGGAGGGUGACCCUCUAUGCCGAAGUGUUGACAUUUACAAGGAUCAUGAGGUUCGUUCAAGAAAAGCUGGAUGUUUCUCACUUAGAGGAUCCAACAGUCACCAGUUUGUGCUUUUUUGUGUGCGUGUUUGUUUUGUGGCUCUGCCCUCUAUGCUGCUGAUACGGGUGGGGCUUCACUGUAACCCCACCCACCCAGAGAGGAAGGUGAAACUGUCUCCUUAUUUUUUAACAUUCCCGCUGCCUGUUUUGCUUGAGAGCAAAGUGCGGCCACAGCGAGAUGAGCUGCGCAGUUAUACAUAAGUGUGUGUGUUGGAGACUGACUGAAUGAAUGAAUCUUGGCCCUUUUUAUGGCAAAACUGCUGAAAACAAAAAUUGAUUGGUUGUGUGUGAAAUGUGUGCGUGUGUGAGGGAGAACUGAUGAUUACUGUAUAAACCUCCAGAGGGGGCUGUUUUUGUAUAUGUAUAAAUCUAUUAUUUAUUAGUGAUACAUUUUUGAAUAACAGUUUGUUUAUGACUGGCUAAUCCUGGCUCUUAAACAAGAAUAUAAUAAUUUGGAGAUAAUGACAUAAAUGUAAGAUGGUGAUUAUUUGUUUGGCUGGGUUGGGGCAUCGGUUAUAAAACCAUUAUUUGUAAUAGUGAACUGGAGGUUCCUCUUUUUAUCUCAGCCUCUGAUUCUGUGGUUACUGAUGCUGUUCGAGGGGCCCCUUGUGUGCUACACCUUCAUCAGGCUACCUCCAUUUUCCAAACUGCUUGAAUUUUGGAUGAGAAUACCGACAUCAUGUUUACAUUGGCUGUCGUAUUUUUUUUUUUUAUAAAUUGUGCCCUUUAGAGAUUUUUUUUUUAAAUCACUGUUUACUGUAACUGGUUCAACUUAAACGGUUUACCAAUCCAGGAUUUUCAUUUUGGCCCCCAACAAUAACAAAACUUACUGUACUAUGUCCAACAUCGGACCUCACAGCACAUCUUGCUGUCAUUGCCAUGUUGUUGAUGCAAACUUAGGUGGAGUUUGUCUUAAAACCUGUUCACUUCUUUCUGCAGCCAGUCAGUAAAAAUGUGAAGAAAGGCAACAGAUAAAUUAACAAUAUAAACACAGAUGCUCUCGUUCAGACAGUUUGCAGCGUUAUGGUUAAUUUUUUUUUAGAAUUUGCACACUUGUUUCUGUGCAAAAUUUUGAUUAGUCAUAGAUCUUAAUCAGGCACAAAACAUUUCCACAAGCUUCACAUGUAACUCCAAAUGAUGCCAAUAAGCAACAGGUGUCCAAUCUUAUAGGCAAUUUGGUCCAACCCAAUGCACCUGUGUACUUGUAUUCAGAGGACAAUGGAGUACUCUGCCACUGGUGAGAACAAUUGGAAGGUGAAGGAACACAUGUUGCUUAUUGUGAUUGUUUUGAGAUAUUUAUAUCGUGAUGCUUGUGGAAAUGUUAUGCGCCUGAUUAAGAUCCAUGUUUGAUUGAAAUGUUGCACAGAAAAAGUUUGCUGAUUCUAACAUUUUAUGGUUUAAAAUUCAGUGGGCAGAGACAAAGAAUACACUAGUUAUUGUACUGUGUGAUUCUAUAAUUUGGCAGGGUGGUUAAAAGCCAACCACCUCUGUGAUACCAAUAGCAGUAGGGUUUCAGACAUUAGUUUCCUUCACUUUUUCAUCGGAAUUCAGUUGUUCAUAAAAACUGGGUCCUUGGCUCUGCCCACUGACAACCAAUACUAUAAUUUCUCUAAUUGGCCCAUCAAGAUAGUAAAUUUUUUCCAGAAUCCCCUCUGACUGGUCCCAUAGAAAGGGUUAAGCAGCUUUUCAAUAUGCUCUCGCAAUCAGAUGUAUGACUAGUUAAAGAUGACAUAAUCAGAUUAAUUACCACUAGUCAGUACCCAAAAUCUGUUAAAUUCGUUGUUAGCUUGUCUACUCAACCAACCAACAUUUUGGUAGAUCCUACUUUAUUCCAAAACAUUAAUGUCAUUGAUAAAGUAAUAAAAGUACUAGUCAGUUUAGGGACAUUUAACCCCUUGUUUGGCUCCCCCUACUAUUCAGUGCCUGAACUUCACCCCUUUUCUCUGGAUACCUGCUGAAAGAAUGUAGUCCUCCGGGUAUAAGACUUGUCCCUGACUUGACAUCAACAACAUACAGAAUGUAUUUUCUCCAAAUCAUCCACCAUCUACUGUAUCUGCAUCAACUGAAUGUAGUCCCAGAAGGUGUGACGUUACAAAUCUGUUAAAAACCAGCAACUAAAUCCUUUACAGUAUCACAUCGCAACACUAAUUCAAUGCAUUACUAACUCUCUCUGAUGCACAUGCUCACACACGUUAGGCACUUUUUCGAACAUCAGCUUACAUACAGGAAACGUGGACGUAACUAGACUUGCAAACUGAGUUCACACCUGCAGCACUAGUAAACACGCACACUGCAGACAUGUUGAAUUGGCAGGUUACAGGUCUGGUUUCACUGGGAUGCAGCUGAAAAUGUCGGUUUAUGACAACUGUUGACCUUCAAUGUCAUUAUUUACAUUUUAAUUGCAACUGAAAGAGACACUUGUUGGGACUGCAUCCUUCAGAAACCAGACUUGUGACGUCCUUGGCAUUUAACCUGUUAAUUUAUUAGCUUUGUGUUUUCUGUUGUAACGUUAGUCGAAAAAACUUUAGAAAUGGGAAAAUUUAGUUUUUUAAUUUUUAUUUUUAUUUUUUUUACUUCUGUUUUCUAGCAAUGUGAAUUUGACUUAAAGCAAAAGUAGAACAUUUUGGGAAAUAUGCUUAACGCUAUUCGCUUUCUGGGAGUGUAAAAAUGACAAUGUGCCUUUAAUGCAGUAUUUUGUGAUUAACAGUUUUUUUGUCUCUGAGCAGUUGCCAGGCAACCGGCAAAGACUCCAGAAAGUUACAGGUUACAGCAAAGAAAUACGGCAGCACAUAAACCCCCAUAAAACAGCGGUUUGUCAUUUUUACACUUGUGAAGUGCUGGUGACCGAUUUUGUUAUUAUUUGAGUUUCCAGUCUUUGUUCUAACCUGCUGCUGGCUGUAAUCUUAUAUUUAACAGACAGAUAUGAGAGAGUGCUAUCAAUCUUCUCAUCUAACGCUCUGCCAGAAAACGGAUAGUAUUAACCAAAAUGUCAAACUAUUCCUUUAAGGAGGGAGGGCGAGUUGGUAUGGCAAUUUCAAUUGAAUCUGAGCUUCUUUUGAAUGUUUUGGUUCUUCACAUAUGGACUUAGCCUUGUUAACAGUCCAUAUCCAACAGAACUUUGUCAGUUAAUGAAUAUGGUUCUGCCCAGUUUAUUUCAGGAAACCAUGCUUGUUAUUGCUGUUCAGCUUCAAACAUACCUUUUCGUCCCUUGCUUUCAUUCAUCCGGAUGCAGCUGUGACAUCCUUUUAUCCUUUGAGUUGUUAAAGCAGAAAAAGUAACAUUUCCUGUGGCUGCAAACUCACAAUAACUGCAGAACUCUGACAUUUAACGCUUUGCGGUCUACAUCUGAUCCCCCACCAGCUGCCUAAACAAGUGAAAAUCUGAUUUUUGUCUAAUUUUUUCUCACUGUUUAGACAGCUGUCUGGAAAGUCAGAGCUGUGGGAGAAAAAAAACAAAAAUCUGAAACAAUUAAGUCUAUAAAUUCCCCCAAAUUGGCUGGCUACAAUCUACGCAGGCUAUAGUAGUGGAGGUAACUUAUUUACUAUUUUGUAACACAAAAAAAGAGUAAGACUUUUUACUAAUUUUCAAAUAAAGAGGCUUUGAUACCACAA